AUGGAAUCAAGCGACUCCGGCAAGUGGAAAGAAGCGUGUGACUCGGAGUUCGAUUCGCUUCAGAGAAACGACACGUGGGAAAUCGUGCCUCUUCCGAAAGGUCGCAAGGCCAUCGGGUGCCGAUGGGUUUUUCGUGUAAAGGAGAAUCAAGAUGGCGAAGUUGAACGUUUCAAGGCAAGACUUGUGGCCAAAGGAUUCUCACAGAAAUUCGGAGUUGACUAUGAAGAAACUUUCGCACCAGUGGCCAAGUUCACAUCGAUUCGUGUGGUGCUCAGUAUGGCGGCUAAGUACGGCCUAAUGCUACAUCAGAUGUGUUGA